AUGCUGCCUAGAAUUGGACGACGACAGUCCCUUGAGUCCCAGCGACCCAUCAUGGCUCCCUCGCAGGUUGCCUCUCAGCGAAACUCUCAGCGCUUCUCUACCAUCAGCGACAAUACCAUCUCCAGCACCAUGACAAGCGACAGCCGCCUCAAUGAGAUCAGAGAGCUGGGCGAAAGCCUCGAGCGCCUGGAGAACAAAAGGCUCAACCAGCAGCGCUUUGUGCCUACGGCAGAGAAGACCGAUGAUCUAAGUAAACUAGCCCUUGGGGCAAAAGUCGAGCGCGCCCUGAGACGAAGAAUGACCAGCCAGGAUGCCGUCAUGCGCAAACCAAUCAUUUUGGAGGAGAAAAAGGGGCUGGAAGUCGCCGAAGUCCCCAACUAG